CUUGUAGGUAUCUUCUCAAGUAAUCUUGGUGAGCUGCUUCGGAUGUUUAUACUGCCCGAUCAAAAGUAGACUAUGCUCUCGCAUUCAGCUUGGCCUCACCGUUUGUCGCCUUAUACUCUCCAACGAAUGACAACAAAUUUAAUCCAUGCGCAAUCUGAAGAAUCAGGAAUUGAACCCGGACAGAUUGCGACUAUCACAGGAAGUCUUGCUUCUCUUCCCUGCAAUCCCGAAUUGGAUCAGUACGAUACUGAUCAUACUGAUCUAGGAAGUGAAGUUGAUGAAGAAGAUACUAGAAAGGAAUUAUUAAGAGACCAAUGGCGACAGUUUUUUGACAACUACGAUCCGGAAGGAUUUGGAGAGAUUCCUUGGUCGGAUUUUUUGAAUGCAAUGUCCCAAACCGAAUUCUGUCAAAAAGUUAGCGCGGGUAAAAGGGAAAUAUUCUUGGAGAAAUUCAGAACGUCCAGUACGCACGCCAUUACGUUUCAAGAAUUCGUCAACGUGAUGACUGGAAAAAGAUCGAGAAGCUUUAAAUGUGCCGUCCAUCAUCGAGAUCGCGAAGUUUCGUCAGAAAACGACUUCCAUCUACUUCUUGUGGAACCGCCAUUAUUUCGCAGGAUGGUUACUAUAGUCGCGAAUGAAUUUCUGACAGAUGACAGAGAUAGAAAAUAUUAUGCCGACCAUUACACAUGCUGUCCACCACCGAUUUUUAUAUUAGUUAUUACUUUAGCCGAGUUGGGAUUCUACUUAUACUAUUACUUCACAACAGGAGAGCUGAAUCCGAGUGGAUCAGUACUAGUAGAUUCGAUAUUUAUAUACAGACCAGAUAAAAGAAUUGAGGUAUGGAGGUUCCUCUUGUAUAUGCUAUUACAUGCUGGAUGGCUCCAUCUCGGUUUCAACUUGGUAGUUCAACUUUUAGUGGGCCUGCCCUUGGAGAUGGUCCACGGUUCGGGGAGAGUAGCGCUUAUUUACAUGGCUGGCGUUGUGGCCGGUUCUUUGGGAACGUCUGUUUUUGAUAAUGACGUUUAUUUAGUUGGAGCCUCUGGAGGAGUGUACGCACUCCUCGCUGCACAUUUAGCUAAUGUUUUGCUCAAUUAUAAUAAUAUGCAAUGUGGCAUAUUGAGGUUAUUCGGAAUUUUCGCCAUUGCAUCUUGUGAUGUCGGUUACGCAAUUUACUCAAGAUAUGAUGCAAUGGGCUUACCAGUGUCGUAUGUAGCUCAUUUGACAGGAGCUCUUGCAGGAUUAACAAUCGGUCUGUUAGUAUUGAAAAAUUUCGAACAAAAAUUACACGAACAACUCCUAUGGUGGGUGGCCUUAGGAGUGUACGCAGCCUGUACCAUUUUCGCCAUUUUGUUCAACGUUAUGAACAGAACUGAAGAUGCCAGUGAAAAUUUAGGAGAUGGAGUAAAUAGUCAUUAUGUAAUGUAUAACAAAUGGGGGGUGUAACACUUAAUCCGUUAUACUAUAGAGUACAAUUUAGCUAUUUGACGAUUAAAUAUGAACAAACAAGGUAAUUUCUAGGUACCUGCACUGUUUUAAUAUAAUAAUGGUUCUAUUUAGGUAGAAUUUUUAAUAUUUACAUCACUAUUGUUAAAGAUUGUUACUUUAUAAUCUAAUGUACACAAACACCAUUUAGGAUAUUAUGUCAUAAUUGCUUAAAAUUUAUAACAUAAUAUUUGUUAUUAAUAGAUAUAAAAUAGUGGAUUUUUUUUAAAUUGGGUCAUUUAUUGAAGUAAGAAGUACGUCACUUCCACUAUUCGUUUACACAUAUCUAAUAACUUGAUUAGGAAUAUGUCACCUUGUAAACGCUUUCCUUUUUGUUUCGAAUAGCUAUUUGUACUCUUUUCGAAAAUAUGUCUUAUUACAAGAGAAUUACUGCAUUGUAAUCAAAAUGACUCAUCUUUUUGUUAAUGAAUGUUGGUCGUUCUUACUGUUUACUUUUUUAUUUUCCAUUUUCCUACCAUAUGUCAUUUGAAGAAAAAUGUUGUUUAAAAUAUUAUUAGUGAGAUAUCGAGAUGUUCAAAUUAAGACUGUGUAUAGCUUAUCUGAUCAAAUCGAAAUACAAAAUUGAUAUAACUAUAUUAUUUGACCUUCAUUCACAAUUUGUGCUCACUUUCCUCUUUUACAUCCUCAUAUGUUUUGAUUUGAUGUGGUUAGUUCUGCUUUACCGAAUACUACUUACUAGUCUGUUGUUGAUCACUGAUUUGGACCACAUAAUUUUUUAUCAAUAGUGCUCUGGAUUUUUAUAUUUUUUUUGUAUUAUGUUCUAAUUUCUUAUUGCGGUUAUCAUUUUGAUCAAUACUCGAUCACUAAUUUCCAUGCUAGUUCACAAUUGCUUCUUGUACAUAUUGUUUACAUGUUAUUUUUAGAUAUUUAUGAAUUUUUUCGCUUAAUAUUGAGAAAUUGAUGCAAAUUUUCUUCUUCUGGUAAUUUUUUUUCAAUAGCUAUCACUAAUUUUCAUGCUAUUUUACGGUUGCUUUUUGUAUCUAUUCUUUACAUGUCAUGUUUUCGAAAUUUCCCUCAUUAUAAUGUAUAAAAAGCAUUUUUUCUCUGAAUAUAGAAAAAAUGAUGAAAACUUUCUUGUGGUAUUUUUUCUUCAAUAGCAGUCACUAAUUUGCAAGCUAUUUCACAGUUUUAUUUUUAUAUCUGUUCAUUUCAUGUCAUGCUUUAAGUAUUUUCCUCAUUAUUAUGUAUUAAAUGCAUUGUUUCUCAUAAUACAAAAAAAUUGAUGCAAAUUUUUUUCAUAAUCCAAAAAAAUUAAUGAAAACUUUCAAAAUUUUUCUUGAGAGCCAAUUUCAUUCUAUUUUUUUCAAUACAAAACAAUAAUUUCCAUGCUGUUCCAAAAUUUCUUACUGUACCUAUUCAUUUCAUGUCAUAUUUUAGGUAUUGUAUAAUAUAUUAUUGUAAAAAUGCAUUGAUUUUCUUGAUAUAAAAAAUUUUUCAAAUGUUAAUUUGAUUUCUCAACAUAUUUACCAAAAAUCUUGUGCUUCAAAUAAUAUACAACAGAGACACUUCCAACUGGAUAUUAAAAGUCAUGACCAAUAUUACAGAAAAUUUCAUGAAACAAAAAGAUUUUGUUUUCUUUUAGUUUUUGUUUAUUAGGGUGGAUCAGAAAUAUUCAAUAACUUUUUUUAACGGAAAAAUUGGUUGCUAAACACCUAAAAAAAUUUUACCAAAUAUGAGCUCUUAAUUUGAUUAGGAAUAUCCCCCCAUCGCAGUUUUCCAUUUAUUCUCAAUUUAAUAUAAAAAAAGUUAUACUUCAUCAUAGAUUGAUUGUACAGAAAUGUUCUUGAGAAAUUUCCCAGGAAAUUUAAUGCUCUACAAAAAAGUUAUCUAAUAUUUUUUCCGUAAACUUCACAAAAUAGCUAGAAAAUUAUGUGCUUUUGAAGGUACAAUAUGUAUGCAACGCUAAAAGAAUAAAAUCCCUUCAUUUAGUGCUGUGAAAAAUUAUGUCCCUGGAGACAGUUCUACCCAAAGAGCUCUUUUUAAAAAUUAAAAGUGUAACUGAAAAGGUUAAGGUUAUAAGAUAUAUUUUGCAAUACAUUUCCCAGGUAAUUUUAUUUCGAGCACAGUUGAAAGGCUAGGUCCUCAUCAGAACAUUCAGAGUUCGGUUCAUAAUUAUGAUAUCUGUUGGAGUCAUCUAAAUCUUUGUUUGGUGAGAAUUUUUUUCUGUGUCACUUGUUAAAAAAAGUUAUCGAAUAUUUUUUGACACACCCUAUUGUUUAUAAAGCUAAUCUUUUUACUACAAAUGAUUUAGUUCAUAUAAUCCAUGAUCAAGGUUAUCUUCAAAAAUCUGUAUCAUUAAUAGUAACCUUCAAUUAAUUUCUAUGCUAUUUUGUAAGUUCUUUUUGAUUUAUUUCCUCUUUAAUCGUUCACUGUUCACAAAAUACUGCACUGUCUGGUCUUUUGAGCCUUCCAUGGUUCUAUCCGGCUCGAAGGACCAGACAGAGUAAUUGUGUAGUAUUAUGUUCCGAAUUGCAGAAAUUUCAAAAAAAUAUAUUUGUGUCUCUGAUUGUAUAAUAUAUAUACAAUAUGUUGUUAAAUUAUAUGAGUGUAUUGUACUGAUUUUUAUGUCAUUAGUAUUGUCAUAAUGGUCAAAUAAUCAUUGUGCUUUUUGUAUAGGUUUUUGUUAGAAGAAUUUUGUGAAUGAGUAUGUUUGUGUUUAUACACUAUUUAUGUACAUAAUUUAUUUAUUUCUAAUAUCAAGCCAAAGACUGAGUUGGAUAAAAGUUGUUUAGAAUAGAGAGUUUGUAAUAGAAGUUAUUGUCAAUAUUGUGUCAACUUUUUAUUACUUAUCCCGUGGCUUAAGUAAACUGUAGCUCAUUUUUUUUCUAUAUAGAAUUUAGUUAGUAGAGUAAAAGUUUUUGAUUAAAUUGUAUUCAUAUCUUGCUAUCUUGGUACAAAAAUUGCAAAUUGUAUGAAUAUAUUUAUUUAUUUGAAAACCUUAGUACAUUUCAUUAAUUUUGAUGUUAAGAUACCUUGAACAGUGUUUUUAUUUUAUCUUAGAUACUCACUUGUCUGAUGUAGUUGUUAUUAAAAUCUUUAACAAGUGAAAAAUGUCUUACUAUUGUCAUUUAUUUAUAAAUAUAAUGUUAUAAUUGACAAUAACUUCUAUUAUAGUAUAUAUAGUAAGUUCACUGUAUUACCUCCAAGCUGAAGAUGAUAUUUAUAUCGAAAAAAAAAUACUGAUAGGUUUUUAACUACAAUUAGUAACUUCUUUAGCUUGGAAUAAAAUAUUUUUACUUGCACCAAAUAAGUUGCCUUAAAACACGUUUUUUUUUAUAUUAAUAGUCUACAAUUCCAAAUUAGCAAAGAUACAUCGAUUAGGAAGUCUCUGGUCUAGCAAAAAAAACAAGUUUUUCAGUUAAAUUUCAGUUUUAUUCAUGAAAACAGUUUCCAGUGAUCCUGUACAACUUUUAGAAUGAUUUUUUUCUUUGUUCCCAAAAAGGUUUCUGUUUCAAAUUAUUCAUAUUUUUCUCUUUGGAAUAUUUGUUGAGUCUGAAAAGAACCACUAGUCGCUGGAAGUACAUCUGAAGCAUACGGUUAGUACAAAAAAUGAUGUUAAUUUAUUAAUUUUAAUUAUAAUUUUACAUGAUCUAUUGUCUCUGUGAAUAUAAAAAUUUGUUUCUUUCUUCAUAUGAGGCUUUUCUUUGUGAUUUUCUUCUUUGUUCGGUCAAAUAAUGUUCAGUAAUAGUCAGGAAACGAGGUACCAAUUCAGAAAUAGAUUCUUCAUGCUGACAUCAUUUUAUUUGGACAUUUGAACGUGCAAACAUAUCCAUAAGGCAACUAUGUGAUGUCUUCUACUUCUUUAAAUUUUAUUCUGUUGUCUUCACUCUAAAAUCAAUUACUAGUUUCUGGGAAAGUACAUUUGAAGAUUAUGCUUGGUAUUGAAACAAUUUGAAGUUAAUUUAUUGAUUUUAAUCAUCAUUUCACUUGGUGCUUUUUCAUUUUACAUCAGAAUUUACACUAAGUUGGAAACAAUUAAUUUAUUAAUUUCAAUCAUCAUUUCACAUGGUGCAUUUUCUUUAUUUAUCAAAAAUUUUUCUUCUUUUUGCAUAUGAGGCGUUUCUUUGUGGUUUCCUUCUCCAUGCGGUCAAAUAACCUACAUGAGCAUUUGAACAUGAAAAAUCUUAUAUCAAAUGAUAACUUUGGGAAGUCUUAAUUUCACUGCUAUUUUUGGAACUUUUUCAAAACUUUUGAUGCAACUACCUUUUUUUGACUUUUUGAUCAUUGACCAACAUUGGUGUUCAUGCAUUCACUUUUAAUCCUCAUAUACCUAUCAAUGAUGGUUGAUUUCCAUAAAAAAGAGUCACUAUAAUAAUUUUCACUCUACGGUAUUUUGUUCAGUAAGAAACACAAUGAUUUAUAAUCUUUUGUUUAAAAAAAUUAUGAAACUAAAAAAAAUGACAGUUUUCCUUUGAAUAAUUAUAAUUCAAAGGAGAAUAAAAAUAUUUAAUUAGUGGUAACCCAGACCCUUCAGACAGGGUAUGUCCAAUCAGAGUAGAGAAGAAUUAAUUCUUUCUUUCGCUGUUUUCUUUUCACUAUUGUAACAGUUCUAUUUCUUAUCUUUAUUUGUUUAUUUUGCGAGUAGAUUCUUCCAAUUUUUGAAUAUAAGCAGGUGAAAUAGAUCCAAACACUCAUAUCUGAAUAAUGUAGAAUAGUAUUGUCAUGCUAUUAUAAAUAACAAUGAACAAGUGGCACUAUUCAACUGCAUUUUUGGUUUCAAGAUAUGUUUUACUAUUAAUUUGUUGAAUUUCAAUAUUGUACUGAUUUAUCGAAUUAAUCAUAUCUUAAUAUCCAAUUAACAUUGUUAUAGGAUAAAAUAUUUAUUUGAAUAAACUAUUAAUAAAGCACAACAAAAAGAAACAACGGAAGAAGAAAUACUUCUAACAAAACUUUACUACUAUAACACCAGAACUAUUUAUUUAACGUAACAUUUAUUGAUAAAAGAACAUUUUAAUUACUAUUUUCCGUUGUUAUUAUACACUACCAGUCAAAAUUUGUUACCCACUCAAUAGUUUACGUGAAAAACAACAAAUAAAAAUAAUAUUUGUACUACUCCAUUCGUUUUUCAAGAUAUUCCAAAGAUUUGAAGUGGAAGCAGGAAACCGAUUUCCGGCUUCCCUGUCCAAUUUGUACCAUAAAAUCAAUCAGGUUGAGGUCGGGCGAUUGUGAUGACCAAAUUAUUACUUCCAGUACAUUAUUCCUUUCAAAUUGUCAUGAUGGAGGAUACGUUUUCUGCCUAUCAGAAGCUGAGCAGAACGUACUGCAUUUUCAUUUAAUAUUUUUUUAGUCCUCUUUCUUCAAAGUUUCUUUCAUUUUUAAUAGGUUUUAUUACUCUCUCAUGAUAAAAAAAUCGUGUUUUAAUGUAUAGUCUAUAUUGUGUAAGUUAAACCACUGUUUUCAGUGAUACAAUAACUAGUCAUAUAAUUUAAAAUAAGCAAAGCUUACCAAAGAAAGUGCUAGUUAAUUAAUAUUUACCCAGUUGAAACUACAAAAAUUGCCUUAUUAAGGUAGAAUACCACUAUCGCAAAGAAAUAUUGUAUUUUUAUACUCAGGUAGAAACAGUGUUGUUUAGAAAUAGUUUUUAUAACUAUUCAAAUGUCUUCACGAAUGUUCAAUUUUUGUUUUAAACACCGUUGCUGUUAUGCUUUGGCAACUGUUUUGUAACAAAAAGCAAAAAUUAAAGUGAUUUUAAAAUUAA